UCAGAUAUUCCUGUUCUUCAAGUUUACUUUGAUGAUGAAACAGAUAAUGUCCCAAUCCCUGAUCUAGUAAUUAUCUGUCCGUAUAGAUUCACUAUUAGGUGUAUUUAUGAUCAAAAUACAAAACAUGAGAAAUCUUGUUUACAGUAUUUCAAAAAUUUCGAAAAAGCAGAUCCUCUAACUUUUCAUGAUUCGGAAAACAGAUUUUCUAUUCUUAAUAAUUAUGCUAUGGAUAGUUAUGUUACCACGCUUGAUAUUCAUAUAAAUAGUACAGAUUAUGGUACACUUGACUCAGCAACUUAUAUGACUAUUUGGUUGUUUGAUGGAGAAACUGACGCAAGCCUACCCAAAGAUCAAAUUUCAAUAACUAUCUAUCUUCAAUCAACUGUAUUAACCAAGAGCGUACAGCAGAGAUUACAUACUGUAUAUAACGCUUUUGGCUCGUUUGGUGGUGUUUGGACAGUUUUGGCUGGCAUUUGCACAGCCAUAUUCG